AUGCAGGAAUGGAAUGGUAUAGUGGCGUUGGCAUCCCCGGUACCUAGAAGAACGGACGACUCGAGUUCCGACUCAACUGAUCAGAUAUAUGAAAGCCUCGAAGCGAUUCACGUGUUUGCACUCUCGCAUGUACUAAAAAGGCCAAUUAUCGUCGUAUCGGAUACGGUCUUACGAAAUGCUAAAGGUGAAGAAUUGUCGCCAGUAUCGUUUGGUGGAAUUUACUUGCCGUUGGAAUGCCCAUCGGAUCAGUGUCAU